GGUCCGGAGUUCGUCUCGGCACGCGUGGUCGCGCUGGGAUGGAUUCCUCCUCCUCUUCCUCCGCGACGGGUUUGGGCUCGGUCGACCCGCAGCUGCAGCAUUUCAUAGAAGUGGAGACUCAGAAGCAGCGCUUCCAGCAGCUGGUGCACCAGAUGACGGAACUUUGUUGGGAAAAGUGCAUGGACAAGCCUGGGCCAAAGUUGGACAGUCGGGCUGAGGCCUGUUUUGUGAACUGCGUUGAGCGCUUCAUUGAUACAAGCCAGUUCAUCUUGAAUCGACUGGAACAGACCCAGAAAUCCAAGCCAGUCUUCUCAGAAAGCCUUUCUGACUGAUCUCAGCAUUACCUUUUUGGAAAAGGAAGGUAGUUCAAGAAAUGAAGAGCCGUUGAUGGGAUGGUUGAAGAAAAGUCUUUGGGGAGAUUGGCUCCCACCUUUGUCACUCUUGGAACAUCCUGUCAUCUGAGAAUGAACAAAGACCAAUUUUUGUGUGUGUGGGAUUUGAGGGUCAAAUGUGUUUUGAGUUGUGUUUUUUAAUGCUAAUCAUGUGAAAACAAUUGACAGAUGAAUAGAAAACUCUACUAAAUGCAUAAUCACUGUAUGUGGGAUGAUGCUUUUCUCAAAGUCCCACUAAUUGCUUCCUAUAAUUUUAAUAGUGGAACUGCUCUAUAGAUUGAUAGCGGGACCACAUAGGUAAAAAUCUAUGAUUUGCGUGGGUUCCUUUCAGAUUUCUGGGGAGAUUGAUAUACAUCUUUGGGUCUCAGAAAGGGCAGUAGUGGGGGAAGAGUAAUUUGGUACAUAACUGUAGGCCUCCUUAUCUAGUGUUUGACUAUCAGUGCUGGAAAAAGAUGUAUAAAAUAUUCAUUUCAGCUUUCUAGAUUAUCUCCCUCCCUUAUACUGUGAUUUACUUGAAUAUCUGUAUCAAGUAUGCUCUUGAGGUAGUACAGGUAGCCUGAGAGCCUAGAGGCCUUUAGUUAAAGGAAUCUAGCCAGUGAACGUAAUUCUCAUACUAAACUGCCACAAGGAAGAAGUUAACUUACCCUGUAUAUCAGGGUCCAUCCAAAAUAAUUCAAAGAUGUGCCUAAAUGAAUAAAUAAGUUAUAAAGAUUUAGGCCUGUCAAAAACUAACAGCAAUUUCAGGUAGAGGUGCAUGCCUAAUGUACAUCAGUAUAGAUUCCAUUUACUGCAUUCUUUUAAUCACUGAAAUAAAUGCUUCUACAAGAUUGAAAUCUGUGAUUGAGAAGGCUUUCUGUUUUGGUUAUCACCUGCACCCAGGAGAGAUUUGGUGUGGGCUAGCUCCAAGGCUGAAAUGUAGUCAGCCUGGGUGCCUGUUCUGUGCAAGUUAUGGCCUGUAUUCCAAGGAUCCCAGAUCCCAGGGGUCCUUUUUGUGAGAAAAGAACCUUGAGAUGAGAUGGGGGAGGAAAGGAAUUCAGUGCUGACAGUCAAUUCCCUGAAUGUAGCAGAAGAGAUUAUAGUGACUGGAUCCCCCUCCUCAUCAGAUCCUACUAGACUGGAUUGUAGACCUAAAGUGAAAGGAACUACUUGUUAGGAGCCUCUAGUGCACAUUCAUGAAAGUUGGGAAAUAAACAUUUUAGAAGCCUCAA